UUAAUGGGAGCCUAUUAGAAUCACAAAUGCCACUGGGUGCUCUAAUAAAUUAGAACGAUAUGUGUUAGUGUUGGACAAAAACGAACUUAAUGUUGUGAAGUAGUUCCGGCGGGGCGGAGUCAUGGCCCCUGACGUCAGCGUCGGGGCGCGCAGUUCAGUUUAGAAGCUCCGGAUUGGGAGGCCGAGGCGGGAUGUGGGCGCGUAUGAACCGCGCGGCCGAGGAGUUUUAUGCUCAUCUUCUGCAGGAAUUUAAUGAAGAAAAGAAAGGAGUCAAUAAAGACCCGUUCAUCUAUGAGCAGGUUCCCACUGUGUAGCAAAGAGGGCUUUACAAGGCAGCACAUCUUCAGUUGGACUUUGAGGAAGUGUGGACAGGUGGCGGAUGCUGAUGUGCAAGUGCAGCUGAUCAGCAAAGGCCAACCAAAUCUUCUGAAAACUAUUCUAAAUGAAAAUGACGCAGUGUUUCUUGUGGAAAAGGUGCUUUUGGAGAAGGAAGAAACAAGUCAUGUUGAAGAACCACAGUCUGAAGAAACUGCUAUUUCUGAUUUCUCUACUGGUGAAAAUGUUAGGCCACUGGCCUUGCCAGUUGGCAGAGCAAGGCAGUUAAUUGGGCUUUAUACCAUGGCUCACAAUCCUAAUAUGACCCACUUGAAGAUUAAGCAGCCAGUUACUGCCCUUCCUCCUCUUUGGGUGAGAUGUGACAGCUCAGAUCCUGAAGGUACCUGUUGGCUAGGAGCUGAGCUUAUCACAGCAAAUGACAUCAUUACAGGAGUUGUCUUAUAUGUGGUCACUUGUAAAGCUGAUAAAAAUUACUCUGAAGAUCUGGAAAAUCUAAAAAAUUCACACAAGAAAAGACAUCACUUGUCUGCUGUAACAGCCAGAGGAUUUGCCCAAUAUGAGCUCUUUAAGUCCACUGACUUGGAUGAUAUUGUUACCCCAUCACAAACUACAGUCACUUUGGAUCUUUCCUGGAGUCCUGUGGAUGAUAUUCUUCAAACCCCUCCUCUGUCUUCAACUGCAGUUCUGAAUAUCAGAGUACAAUCAGGAGAGCCCAGAAGUUGUUUGAUUCAUCUCCACAGGGAACUGAAAUUUCUCCUUGUUUUGGCUGAUGGCUUGAGGACUGGUGUAACUGAAUGGCUUGAACCUCUGGAAACAAAAUCUGCUGUUGAACUUGUACAAGAAUUUCUGAAUGACUUAAAUAAACCGGAUGAAUUUGAUGAUUCUACAAAAAAAGACAUACAAAAAGAGAUGGUGAACCAUGAUGCAGCUGCAGUUGACAGGUCUGUGCUUAUCACAGUGCGGGGGGAUCUCGAUUUUGCUGAACAGCUUUGGUGCAAAAUGAGCAGCAGUGUGGUUUCAUAUCAAGACUUGGUGAAGUGUUUCACAUUGAUCCUGCAGAGUCUGCAGCGUGGUGACAUACAGCCUUGGCUGCACAGUGGGAGUAACAGUUUACUAAGUAAGCUCAUUCAUCAGUCUUACCAUGGAGCCAUGGACUGCAUCCCUCUCUCUGGAACUACUCCACUUCAAAUGCUUUUGGAAAUUGGUUUGGACAAAUUAAAGAAAGAUUAUAUCAGUUUUUUUGUCAGUCAAGAACUUGCAUCUUUGAAUCAUUUGGAAUAUUUCAUUUCUCCGUCAGUAUCUACACAAGAACAGGUUUCUCGUGUUCAGAAACUCCACCAUAUUCUAGAAAUACUAGUCAUCUGCAUGCUUUUCAUUAAACCUCAGCACGAGCUUCUCUUUUCUUUAACACAAUCCUGCAUAAAAUAUUACAAACAAAAUCCUUUGGAUGAGCAACACAUUUUUCAAUUGCCAGUCAGACCAGCUGCUGUAAAGAAUUUGUAUCACAGUGAGAAGCCACAGAAGUGGAGAGUGGAAAUAAGCAGUAGUCAGAAGAAGGUGAAAACAGUGUGGCAGCUGAGUGACAGCUCUCCUAUAGAUCAUUCCAGUUUCCACAAGCCUGAUUUUUCUGAGUUGACACUGAAUGGUAGUCUGGAAGAAAGGGCUGCUUUCAUUAACAUGGUUACCUGCAGCCAGGUACUCUUCAAGUAACACGUGCUGAGGGUCCCUGCAAGGUAUCUGUGUUCUUCUCUCAAAUGUGUUGUAAUGUGUUAAGUACCUUGUGUUUUAGCUGUUUUUACAUUGUCAAUAUUGAAUCUACACAUCAGAAAUACGGUUGUUCACUUGUCAUCUCCUGAAUGGCCUACCGGUUUAUUUACUUGACUUUUCGAGUCUCUAAUUCCAUUGUACCUUUUGUUGGCCACUUACUGCCUCUGCUUAACUCUAGAAUUAAAGAAAUGAAAAUGA